UCCUUGCUUUUGUCAACACUGCCAAUUGUGAAACCCAAGAAUCUUUUCCCAUAACUCUGCCUGCAGAGCCUGACUGCUGCCCGUCUCUGUGGUCUCCCUCACCUCUCUCCCUGGGAUCAUCAAUGCUGCCCACCUUUGGCAUCUGAAUAAAGAGGACGGAGAAAAGGAGUGAGGUAGGUGAGUUUCUGCUGUUUGAGAGAGGAGGUAGAAGAAGCAGGGAGCAUGGCCAGUGACUCCAGUGCACUGCCCCGGGUGACUUUCCAGACACCAGAGAAACCUGGAGAGGAAUCAUCACACAGGAAACUGGGCAAGUUAACCAUCAAGUACAACCGCAAAGACCUACAGCGCUGGCUAGAGCUGGAGGAAUGGAUCAAUGCCCAAUUGCAGGAACUGUACCAAUACCAGCUAAGGGAAGAAACAGAAGCAGCAGUUCCUGAACCAGAAAUUGAUCUUGAAGAUCUCCUGGAGGUUCCUAAUGAAGAACAGAAAUUAAAACUACAGGAAAUCCUUCAUGAGUGCUCCAGUCCAACAGAGAAUCACAGCCUGGACACCUUCCUCAGCCCCUGAUCUGAUUGAGGUUUAUGCUGCGGAGACUAGGAGACUACUCUAAUGCUAACUGCUACCCUGUUUUUUCCUGAGUCAUUGCCUCCUCCACCAUUUAUCUCCCAGCCAUGAGUGCUGGGAUAACCCCAUUUGAUGAUCAGCUUACUAGGGAUAGGCAGUGAAAUACAUGUGUCACUUAGGCAGUACAGUCCACUGCUCUCACAUUCCUUAGUGCAUCCUAGCCAUACUGGACUGGAAAAAGCCUGCUGCAGCACAGUCCUGUUCCCUACACAAUCAGGUAACCACUUUGCAGAGUGUCUUUCCCUUUUGAGAUCAAGUGUCAUUUUUUAAAUAGCUUGUUCUACCACAGGCACCACAAAGGUGUCCCAGAACAUGCAGAGAGCUGUGGACUGGGAUCAAAGUCCCUUUUUUCUCUUCUCUGUGAGGUAAAAACAAUCAGAGAACAGCCCCACAGAGACCGGUACUGGUACAGCCCAGCAAAAUAACCCACAGGAAAUAUUCUGCAAAAUGGUUUGGCCAAAGCUCCCCAUUUCAUUCAGCUCCUACUGUGCUCGACAUGGGCUUUUUUACCCAAAACAAUGGAAAAUCCGAAGGUGAUUUCACAGGUGAAAUACUGCCCCAAAACUGAGAGGCAAUUUCAAGAGAAACCCCAAGGAAAACAAAGAAAUCAGAAAGUUAAUCUAAAACCACUGCAGAAUCUCACCACUGUGUUAGCAGGACAUAGCUAUUCUGACCAGUUUAUUCCUCUGAUUGUCUGAAGAGACAGGCUCUGAAAGACCACCACUUCCCUCUUCCCUCUAGUUCCAUGUUUCCCAGUUAGCAGUGUUCCCACAUUGGGAAUCUCCAGAGUCCUCUGAAACUCACUGGGUUUCCUUUCCUCCCUGAGCCUCGCCAGUCUCUCUGCAAUAGCUCCAUCCUCUUUCGAGAGUCCCUGGUAUCUGGAGCCUGCUUGCACUGGUUUCGCAGCUGCCUUCUGCUGCCCUUUCGGCUGGCUUUGCUUAGCCUCCAAAGCUGCUACACGCCUGUGACAAGGAUGGAAAAAAACAUGACAUAGCUGAGAACAGAGGUUUAAAUUAUGAGACAUGAAGACAGUCUCUGUGAACCUUGCACACUAUUUGAACAAAGGCAGCAUGGGACAGAACAGAGACCACUCAUUCCUGUACCGGGUUCUGCUGAGCAGGAUGAGGUACUCCCAAGGAGUAAAGAAAACCAUAGCUCAUGACAACAGCACACAUGGCACCAUUUCUGAGGAGAAAGAUAAUAUUUCAGCACCAGGCUCCUGUUUCCAAGCCAGCCAUGGUCAGUCACAGCUGAACAUAACCAGCUGGCUGUUCAGCAGUCUACUCAAAAGUAAAAACAAAAAAUGAAAACAAAAGAAAACAACCCCUUCCACACAUCAAACCAAACCAACCCUCAAACAACAAAACAGAAACUCCAACCUUAAUCUAGUUCUGAACAAGCAAAUACCCACGUUGCAAAACCCACUUUUGAUGGCCCCUAUGAGGGGAAGAGGAGAGAGGGCCUGAAAGGUUACCCUGUGGCAGAAGCCAAUGGGUUUUCCGGCAAGUGCAACUCACUUUUUGUAGUUCUCCGGUGGUGACCAUUUUGCUGAACUGCUUUGAGAUCCCUCUCUGGAAGGCAAAAAUAAUGCUCUCUCUGAACUCAAGGUCCUGGUAGUGCUUCAGUCAUCUAUUCUUUCAAACCAAGAGGAAUUAGAAUACAUGUUUAUCAGCCUCUUGGUGUAGUCCUUUCAUAACCUCAUUAAUAUAGAGUGAUCAGCUUAGAAAAGGUAUUAGAUAUAGCUGCCUAGGACAGCAUGGGACUCAUUUCUGGUACUUUUUUUCUAUUGUUUAACAUCUGGACAAAAUUUAUUUGAUUUAAUAUAGUCAGCAUUCUAAAAGAAAAGAGGGUGAAACACCCUUGCCUCCCACAGCCUGCAUCUCCCAGUUCAGACAGCAGAUAGAGAGUAGUUAGCUAAGACUCCCAGUGUAUUUAGCUCCAAUACAGCAGAACACUCUGAAAGGAGUUAUGCCAUGCAACAAACACGGAAUUAUAUAAUGCACAACCCUAACUCUAAAUGAAAUGCUAUAAACAUGGUUAUAUAACCACCAGUAUCAUAAUGACAUCUUCUAGCACACUUGAACACUGCACACCACAAGCACAUCUUGUGUAACUCUAUGUUCUGACUCGCUGUGUUUAGGUUAAGCAGCUAAACUACACCAGUUGGAGUAGCUGGUUAGCAUACUCUAUUCAUUCCUAGAAGUUACAGCAACAAACACGUCUACACUGUGCUAGGGGCUGUAUAAUUACAAAUGAAGGCAGUGUUUUUGCUGGACUCCUUUCCUAUUCAAUGUUUUCAGUUCCAAAAGCGGUUUUGCAUGGAAAACAUCCGUACAGGCAGCUUACAGAAGAAAAAAUUAUCCCCUUACUGGACAGCUGAUAGAUAAACCACAUAUGUUGCAGUUCUGUAACUCUAUAGUAUUGAUAUUAAACAAUGAGAAAAAUCAAAAGAAA